ACUGAAGUUAUUUCAGGGAAAACCUCUAUCCCUUUCAUUGCAUGAGUUAUAUGCUACCCACUGACAGUGAAGUAAAGCUGGAAAGGAAUCCAAAAGUGAAGAAAACAAGAAGUUUGGAAUUGGAUUUGGGGGAUCUGGGCUUGGAAAUGCCUCAGCCCAGUGUGAGCGGAAUGGACCCUCCUUUUGGGGAUGCCUUUCAGUGCCACACAUUUUCAGAACAGACGCUGACGAGCACAGAUCUCUUGGCAAAUAGUUCAGAUCCAGACUUCAUGUAUGAACUAGACAGAGAAAUGGACUAUCAACAGAGCUCCAGAGACAACUUCCUUUCUAUGGAGGACUGCAAAGAUAUUGAAAAUCUAGAGUCUUUUACAGACAUCCUGGAUAAUGAAGCUGCUUUCACCUCGAACUGGGAGCAGUGGGACACAUAUUGUGAAGACUUAACUAAGUACACCAAACUAACCAGCUGUGAUAUCUGGGGAACAAAAGAAGUGGAUUACCUGGGCCUUGAUGAUUUCUCAAGCCCAUACCAAGAUGAAGAGGUGAUAAGUAAAACUCCAACUCUGGCCCAGCUUAACAGUGAGGACUCUCAACCUGUGUCAGAUUCACUUUAUUACUCGGAUUCACUCUUCAGUGUAAAACAAAACCCUUUAACUUCUCUGUUACCGGGGAAAAAAAUCACAAGUAGAGCAGCAGCCCCUGUGUGUUCCUCAAAGAACAUUCAGGCUGAGGCACCUUUGUCAGACUGUGUUCAAAAGGCAAGCAAGCCCACUUCAAGCACACAAAUCAUGAAGACCAAUGUGUACAAUAAUGAGAAGGUGAACAGUCACGUUGAAUGUAAAGACUAUGUUAAAAAGGCAAAAGUAAAGAUCAGUCCAUUACCACAAAGCAGACCAGUGUUGAGCCAGGCACAUGCAGAUGCAGCAAAGGAGAACACCUGCUAUUGUGGAGCUGUAGCAAAGAGACAAGAGAGGAAAGGGAUAGAUUCCCUUCAGAGUCAUAAUACUCCUAUUUUGCCUUUUAAAGAGACUCAGGAGCUGCUCCUCAGCCCACCCCAGGAACCUCCAGGGCUAGUUGUGGGGGAGAGCAGCCUUUCUGCCAGCACAUCUGUCUCAGAUCCUUCACAGAAGAAAGAAGAGCACAAUUAUUCUCUCUUUGUCACAGACAGUUUGGGUGAGCAGCCAACCAAAGGAGACCCUGAAGAGGAUGAGGAAGAUGAGGAAGAUAUUGAAGAUGAGGACCAUGAUGAAGGGUUUGGCAGCGAGCAUGAACUGUCUGAAAAUGAUGAUGAGGAAGAAGAUUAUGAGGAAGACAAAGAUGAUGACAUCAGUGAUACUUUCUCUGAACCAGGAUAUGAAAAUGAUUCGGUGGAAGACUUAAAAGAAAGUGCUGCAGUAUCUUGCCGAAAAAGAGGCAAACGAAGAUACUUUUGGGAGUAUAGUGAGCAACUGACACCAUCGCAACAAGAAAGAAUGCUGAGGCCGUCGGAGUGGAGUCGAGAUACGUUACCAAGUAACAUGUAUCAGAAGAAUGGGCUCCAUCAUGGAAAAUAUGCAGUAAAGAAGUCACGGAGGACUGAUGUGGAAGACCUGACUCCUAACCCCAAAAAACUUCUCCAGAUUGGCAAUGAACUAAGGAAACUGAAUAAGGUGAUUAGUGACCUGACACCAGUCAGUGAACUUCCCUUAACUGCCAGACCGAGGUCAAGAAAAGAAAAGAACAAACUAGCUUCCAGGGCUUGCAGACUAAAGAAGAAAGCCCAGUAUGAAGCCAACAAAGUGAAGCUAUGGGGUCUCAACACAGAAUAUGAUAAUUUGUUGUUUGUGAUCAACUCUAUCAAACAAGAAAUUGUUAAUCGAGUGCAGAGUCCUAAAGAUGACAGAGGAACCAACAUGGAACAGAAGCUUGAUGUACUUAUUAAAGAUACUCUUGGACUACCGGUAGCUGGUCAAACAUCAGAAUUUGUGAAUCAAGUUUUAGAGAAAACUGCAGAUGGAGACCCCACUGGUGGCCUUGUAGGGCUGCGAAUACCAACGUCAAAAGUUUAACAGACAUCAUUUCACCUAAUCUCAUUGGUCAGAGCUCUACCUGUGUUAAGUACUCCACUGUAAAUUUCAUUCUGGUCUGCAUGUCAGUUUAGCAUUAUGUAAACACUUAAAAUUAGGUUCCAUAGUUUUUUUAAUAACAUUGUAAUAGGAUAAGUAAACGCACGAUAUAAAAUGCUUAAUUAGCAUUUUGGGAGCAUAAACCAUAUAGUAUUAAAGCUGCUUCAGGCACAAAUACAGAGAUUAGGUGUUUUUAAACCUAGGACCAGAUCAUAUAAUUUGCUUUAGAAGCAAAAACACAUUUUGUGCUAGUGAAAAUGUUAGCAAAAUGCCGAACAUUGUGGCAGGUUUAUGCUCUGAGUAAAAUUAAAAAUUAAGAGGAAGCAUUCUUUUGUAAACUGUCAAAGUUUAGUGGGUUUUUUAGAAUUACUGCUUUUUUUCUUCUAAAAAAUAAAACCAGUAAGCUUUCUUUGCACCCAUUAACUUGUACAUAGUGCACACGGCAUUAGAGCUAGUGUGCCAUAAAAGACUUUAAUUUUCUGAGCUUAAUAUUGUAUUUAAAUGUCUGUGAAAGUAAGAGCAGAAAAAAAAGUAUAUUCUUUGUGCCUUGUAUUUUGGGGGAGAGCUAUAAAUAUAAGCUAGUAAAGUUUUUGUACGAUGAAAACCCUGAGGAAAAAACAAGAUGUAUAGAUGGUAAGAUUAUGGGGUUUCAUGUAUUUGUUCCAGCUCUUACAAAUUUUUGAAUGUAUAUAAGAAUAUGUUGAAAAUGUAGAUAUAUGCCACAGAGUCUAUGUAUUGUAUAAAAGAUGGCUCUAGAAAAUUCAAUUUCGGUACUUGGCCGGAAGAAAACAAAUACUUGCACAUUAAUGCGAUUGUUUAUUUUUGUACCAAAGACAAAUGCAACUGAUAUGGCAAACUGCCAGUCUAAGUAAAGUUUUGCACAGCUUACAUGAUACUGUACUGAAUGUAAAAAAAAAAAAAGAAAAAAAAAAGAAAAAAAAUUAAAGGUCAGGGUUAGGGAUCUUACUGAACUGUGAAUUUUUUUUUUUUGUUUGGGUCCAAUUAUCUACAGAAGGAGCAUUCAUACAUAAUAUUAUUUUGCAGUUCUUCUAGUUCGCUUCCAUAGUAGAUAAGUUGAUGACCAUCUCGAAGUCUUUCAAUCUUUUUUUUUUUUCUCUGCAUUUGCUGUAGGAAAUUUUUAAUAUAUGUGGAUUUUAGGAAGCUAUUGGAAAAAUAGUUUUCAACUUUGAGAAUUUAAAAAAAUUAUUUAGCUUGUUGUAGGAUACUUCCACCAAACAACCAAAAUAAAAUUAUUUUUAUUGUAAUAUGUAUAUAUGUAAAGAGGAAAAAGAGCUACAAAUAAUCUAAUUCCUUAGUUGCCACUUUUCCAGUUGAUGUAUUAUUAUGCAUGUGAUGUUUCAAAGGAUCAGCACAGGCUUAAAACAAAAACAAAAUUUAUAGUUUUCUUUUAUAUUUUUGUACAGAAAUUUCAAAACUAGCUUCUUCAAACUUAUAUGUGACUUAUUCUUAAUUCAGUAGUUUCUAUGAUUGGGAAAUACUAACACACAUUAGUUCUUAUUUGCUCUUCUGCUCAUAAGAGUUUGCUUUGUUAGUCAGUGUUUAGAGUAUAAAUGAAAAGCUUUAUCUCUUGACGAGAAAGUCCUUUAUGUCAAGGCAAGAUCAUUCUCUGGUUUCAUGGACCCCUUUUUUCUCCCCUUUCCUUUUUAUUUAAAGAUAAUGACAAAACACUGUCUACUGAGAAUAGAAAUACCAAAUACUUUAAAAUGUAGCUGCUGAAAAAAUGAAAAAAAAAAAAAAAAAAAAAGUCCAUGAAGGUUUUCUUUCUGCUCCCUUUGGGGAAAUCUCUCUCCUUCAUGUAACUUGUCUAAGUUUGUACUGUGACUCCUUUUAUGUAUAGGUAGAAUUAUUUUUAUACCUAAACUUUUAGUGUAAGAAGGUCUGAAUCAAAAGUAGUAAACUAAAGAGUGGAAGAUGAAAAUGGCAAUCCUGCUACAUGCUUGUAGUGUGUCCACAACUUAUUCUACAUCUUGAUAUUUUGAAAAAUUUAAAAGGGUGGAGGAAGCCAAAAUACCACUACUGAACUGUAUCACAAAGUUUUUCUUUCAAGAUUUGUGAAAAAGUACCCAAUACUAUCUAGUCAAAACUUAGAAAAUUCGCUUAAAGGAUUUUAAAAACUUGAGCAAGGGACUGUCUUGUUUGUUUGGGGAGGUUUCGGGGUGGGGGGUGUGUGUGUGUGUGGUGGGUUGUUGUUUUUUUAAUAUGGCGGAAGGGAAGCACAGGUUUGUAGCUUCAGAACAGAACAUAAUGGGUCAGAUGCAUCCCUGUUGUAAUUCUACCAAUACCAAGAGUUAUACCAGAGAUGCAUUUGGCCAUUGAAAUCUUGACAAAGAAUGUCAAUGUCAUGUAAAUUUAAAGUCAUGGCUAUACUGAGAUUUGAAAUAAUGUUAGUCCUUUCUGGUGUUUAAACAUUCGUGAUGCUAGAAAGGUGCAAACGCUGUAUCAGAACUGUAUAGACAAGGCAGUAUUUCAAAAUACGAUGACAGCAGUUUUGCAAUCAGGUAGGAUUUACAUGACAAAUUAAACUGACGAUAAGGUAGAAAAAUGCCCUUUUCUAGCUGUUCAGGAAUACUGAGCUAACGUUGCUUUAUAGCUUUUUAUUUUGUCUGAAAACCAGAAUAUGAUUUUGGUCUAGCAUUUCAAAAAAGACUUCGAAUCUCUUUAGUGGAUUCCGUACCCUUGCAUUUCAGUGUUUUCUAUGUAUUAUUUUAAGUUAAAUAGUUAAAAGCUUUUAAAUAGUUGAGCUUUUUAAUGUUGACACUUUAUUUUGUACCUAUUUAUAUAAGUAUGUAUAUCUUAGAAAAGCACUUUGUUUAAAAAGAAGAAGAAAAAAAUUGCGUUUUUAUAUGAUUCCUGCCAUUUGCUGCUAACUCUGGGCUGGUCAGAAUGCUGCAGCGAUACUUGAUCUAAAUAAAACCUGGCAGUAAAAUGUAGAGUAAAGUUAAGACCUUUGCUGGUUUAACUUUAUCAUAAAGAUGACAUAGGCAAGCUGUGCAGCUUUACAUUUUAACCAGGGGACUCUGUGGCAUUUAAACCGUCUAGAAAUGGUUGUACUUUAAUGCCAGUAACAAUCUGCUUCCUCUAGUGUCAUUAAAAUAUAUAUGUUUAGUGUAUUCUUAUCACAAACAAAUCUUAUAAGGGUAAAAAUACAAAUGUACAUGUUCUGUUUUUUGGAAAUUGUGGCAUGCAUUUUUGGAUGAUCUUUAGAGAAUAGUUCUCUAAAGGCUUUCAGCAUUCAUACAUGGUAUGUGGAUCUUAAUGAAGUCCUUGAAUAUUUUUGAGUGUAGGCAUUGUGAAUAUUCACUUUAAUUCUGUCAUCCAAAACCAAUUAUACAUUUUGAUUUAAUAAAAACUAAAAGCUCUUCCUUUUUUCUGAUACACUGGAUUCUCUAGAAUUUGUUUCCAUAUUAAAGCAUGCUGUCAAAAUGCUCUUGUUAAGAUCUUGUCAGCCUGAAUUUGGGUGCCACACUUUUUGAAUCAGUAUGAUCGACUGCGUGUUCUACUGUACCAUGUAUGAUUCUUGUCCGUUCCUAUUUCCUUCAUGCCAGAUUAUGAUGUGGCUUUAUAUUGUGCCUUACUUGUACAUUUAGAACUAAAUGUUUUUAUUUUUCAUUCCCCUGAACCUGUUAAAUCCUUUGACCCUUCUGAAAGCAAAAUCAGAACUAUGAUAAAAGCAUCAUGAAGGAACUUCAAAUGAAUCUGAUUUCAAAUUCUCUUAAUAGUACUUUGUAUUUGUAUGGAAGACCAAUUUUGAAUGGCCUUGGGAGAUGGGGGUGCUAGGGCUAAACAAAUAAAAUAAAAAAUAUUUUCCACUACAUCCCUUCAGCUAAUGCUUUCUCUGACUUUCAUAAGUUUAUCAAACAAGUUUUCUGAUUUAUUUUUUGGGGGGUGCUUAUUAAGUCUCCAGUUAGAUGUGGAAGUGCUUGAUUCUACUCUCAUAGCAGUAUAAAUCAAGAAUAACAACACUGACAUCUGUGAUAUACAUUGAUGUAAAAGUGAUGUGAGAAUCGGGUCCAGGUGUGCUCAGUUCAUCAGCUUGAAGUUUAGUAAGCUCUUUUUCCAGUUUAAAAAAAAUAGCAGUAAAAAGCAAAAUUCUUCCUUUAUAAAAUGCAUGGUGGGUCUUUUAAGUAAUCUAAAAAAUACCAGACAUAUUUCUGAAAUACAUUGCUGCCAGUUUGGGUUUCAUUUUUAAAAUCUAUACCAUUAUCUGAUGUUUGCCUUCAUUUAAUAAAACUAUUAAUUUAUUCACAAAAAUGUCAAGAAUGGAUGUGCUUUUAUCUUCCAUAAAUCUUUUUAAAACAUAUAGAUAGGUGAAAUAUCUUAGUUUUUAAAAAAUAUCUACUUUGAAAGGGUUGUAUACAGUUGCCUUCAGCAGAAAUAGCAAAUAUAAUUUUGUUCCUCAAAUUUGCUUAGCAGUCUUCCUGAAACUGUGUUGAGGCAUAGCCCAGUUAUGUAACAUGAAUGUUAGUAUCUUUAUUUGGCCUUGGGACAUGAAUUUGAAGAAUGUGUCUAAUCAUGAUUUUUUUUUUAUUUUAAAGUUAAAGGUUUCAGUUGGGUACCACUAGUUCAGUAUGCUACCAGAUGAAACCUUGGCUUAUUCACAGAGCUGCAGUUCAUUUUGUUUACCCUAGGGAUCAUGCAAAAUACAUUUCAAAUAGUUACUGCUGAAGUGGCUGAUUCUUAUUGUAACCAUAUAAAGGGCAUUACAUGUUGAGAAAACACCACUUUUUUUUAAUAUCCGUUUUACAUUGGAGAUAUUUCAAUGUCCGCAUUGCGGAAGUGGUACUCUAGAGUAUAUUUUUUUCACUGCAUCCAAAAACUGAAUGAUACCUUGCUGAUGAUGUUUGAUUUACAUUUUACAACAGGCCAUGAUUUUUAAAGGAUAUAGCAUAGUAAGGUGUGUGUGCUGAAUUUAUAUCCCUCAGCCUCUUAGACAUUCAUGAACUUCCACAAAGGCAAAUGCUGAUUAUGCAUUUAUUAACUGUCUUUCUAUUGAGCAAUGGAAAAAAAUAAAGCCAGAUCCAUUUAAGACCAAUCUCAAUUUUAUUUUUUAAUCUGGACAAAAAUCCUAAACUAUUUUAAGCAAGCAAUAUAUACUGUAGUACUGUAUCACCAUUUAAAGAUUGAAUGGGUUAGGAACAUUGGAGAGUUAGACAUCUGGAUAAGCCAAACUUGGGUGUGUAGAAUGGUUAGAGUAGGAUUCUCUUGGCUUGGACUUCGUAAUUACAAAUGCAUCUUCUACCACAAUACUUCCUUUUUUUCCUCCUUCUUUGUGACGUUAAAAACCAAAAAAAUGUAGUGGUUUAAAUGUAGCUGCUUUUUGAACCUUUCUUAGAACACUAUAUUCUACUAACUGCUUUUCUGUUGAUUGAACCACCCUUUUCCCCUACCCUUUUUAGAAAACUUCAUCCGUCUAAAAGAUGUCUUGUAGCUCAGUAACUGUGGCUAAGAAUGAACUCUAAGGCUGAUGGCACAUGGUGGAUUUAGUGAACUGACUGAAAGGCAACAAUUAAAAUAAUUUUUAACAAAACGUGGCAACCUGCUCUGCUUAUGCUUGGGGUCAUGUUUGUAAUGCUGUCCUCAAUAUUCUGUAGUCAAUUUCCAACUGGAGAUCAGAAAAACUUUACUGAAAGUCUUGUGUCUCUGUCAGAAAAUAAUUUUACCUUGUUAAAAGCAUGAUCUGUUAAGAGUUGCAAUGUUUAAUGUUGGUUAAUAGUUGUGCAGUUUUCUUUUUAAAGAGGCACAAUUAAAAUAUUGAUUUUUGUUUACUCUGUCACCCUGGAGCCCUAGCACUUCUAUUCAGAUACAAACUCAUCAAUGUAUGCAACAUCCUUUGUAAUUUAAAAUAAAAAAUUGUGGAGAAAAAA